CUGGACUACAGGGAAGCCACACUUCUGUAAAGGGUUUACAGCGUCUAUAACGCAAGUAAUAAGCAUCACGCAGGGACAUUUCAAUCAGAGAACUUCUAAUAAAAAUGCAAUCAGACCUAAAGAAAAGCUGUUAAAAAUAUGGAGAAGAAGCCCGGACUACAUAAGGGACUGCAAAAAAAAUUUGCGGACUAUUUGCAUGGCAAAAAAUCUGAUGGGAGCUCUGCAGACAAAGCAGGCAAAGACAGAGAAAUUACAGUUGCGAAUAUCGAAGAACAUAUUCUUCAGAAACGAUUCAUGAAAGCCAGUCAAGAUCUGAUUGCUUUAGAACAUAAGAUCUUUGGCAAAACGGAUGAUGAUGUACUUGAAGAAAAAAAGCGAGAGAUAGAAUGCUUGUAUGAGAGGCUGGGUGACGAGGUAUUUAAAGUCGUGAAGGUAUCGAUUGUAGAAGACAAUGCAUGUUUGUUGGCAGAAGCUGUGCAGGCCAUUGUGGAACAAGAAGCAGAAGACACUGCUUUUAGCUUGGAGGCCACCACUGAGCAAUGCAACACUGUUCGACCAAGAAAAUGGAAGCAGAAAUGGCUUGACUGUGUCGAACAAUCAGUGAGAGAACAGAUAAAAUAUAGAACAGAAAUUCCAUCCACUGACUCCAGUUCCCUAUUCUCCAAGAAUUUUGUAAGUCUAGGCAAGACCUUAAAAACAGAUCUAACGCAUGUGGUUCAACAUCUCAAACCACUUUACCCGGCAGAACUCGAUGUGUGUAAUACCUACGCAAACUAUUAUCACGUUCAUUUCAAAUCCUACAUUGAACAUAUUACGGCAAAGGAACUCAAUGGCAAAGACAUACAUUUUGUUUUAUGUUGGAUACAUGAUAUAUACCCAAACAGUAUUAUGAAAGAUCCGGCUUUGAAUGGACUCAUAGAAGCAACAAAAUUGGGAAGCAUUUUGCCACCAGACAGGAUGGAAGAGUUGGAAAACAAGUAUAUCUUCCACGAAGUGCAAUCUAUAAAGGAAUGGAUGGACAGAAGCUUACAGAUGGAAAUUCAGCAUUGGAAGGACGGGAUGGAACCAUUACAAUUGGGCAAUUAUUACCAUUCUGAGUUACAUAUUGACAUUAUUCAGAGUUACAACGGAGGAAUCCAGAGAGCGGGGGAAAUAGGUCCAAAGAUGUCACAGGACAUGUCACCUUUCUUGGAAAACGAGCUGAAGGACAUUCUGAUGAGAUACAAGAUCUUGUUUGAAGAAUAUAAAGAGCAAAAUAAGGACGACACGAAUUUCCGGUCUAUAAUCAUAGCCAAUAUAAACUGUUGCUGGAAUUUCAGAGACUUUAUCGAGCACAGAGACACAUUGUUACAACCUACAUCUAAGGAAGCUAUAAAUGGGAUUUUGACUGAGCUUCAGGCGCUUGGUUUAGACACCCUUCUCCAGGAUUUAUUUAUCGAUCUGAAGGUUCAUUUCAAAAUGCUUACUCGAGAAAGUGGCCUGCACAGUCACCAAACUAUGCUGGAGAUCAUCAGGAUAGUCGAAAAACACAUUCUAUCGUUCAGGAGGCUCGUUCCUUCUUGUUAUACGGAAGUGAUCGAUAAGCUUCAUCUUAACCUGGUUAAAGAAUAUGUCACCAGACUCCUGAAGAAAAAAUUCAGCAUAAAAAACCCAGAGAUGCUUAAAAAUCUAUCAAAUGAAAUAAAAAGCAAUGCAGAUCUCAUACAGGACUUCUUCUCCUUACAUGAAUCCCAAGCCGUCUGGCUACACGCUAUGAUCCCCCGGCUGGCUGAAAUCAUCAAACUCCAAGACGUCGGUUCUAUACAGAUAGAAGUAGCCGCUCUCGCUAACAAUUACCCAGAUAUUGGGAAGAAACACGUUAAAGCAAUUCUACAUAUCAAAGGAAAUCUCAGUAGGAGUGAUGUGAAAUUAGUCCUGGGUUUAAUCAAGAGCCUGGAAAGGAAAGACAACUCAACCCCACCUUUCUUCUCAUUAAUUACAAUCCCUAAAUGGGUUUAAUGCGGAUCGAUGAUAUAACACGUCAGUAUCCCUGUUGCAAAAUAUUUUGCACGGACCCUGGUAUGAGUGUCGAUACUAAAGCAUCUUAUCCCAAUAACUGGACAUUUUAGAUGGACAAUGUAUCAGGAAGAUGCUGUGAUCUGGAUUUGGACCCCCGAGUUUGGAAGCGCGACAGUUGACUAUCACUUUGGACUCCAGGAUUUCUUUUUUUUAACUGUGUUACUGUAUGUGGUUACAACAUUUUAUUCUUCGGACAUAUAUGCAUACAGUAGUCCUAAUAGUUCCCAGAAUCCUUUCGCACAAUCACUAUACCAUUUUGAAGAUGGUUAUAGACUGUUUCGGAAAAUCCAUGAAUUUGUGCAUCCGACAUAUUGAACAUUUUAUAAAUUUUUCAUUUUUGUCGUGCAUGUAAAUACAUCAGU